AUGUCGACUGCAAAUGGCAGACCGCGACGUCCCGUCUCACGAGCCGAUUUCCCGCUUGCCAUCAUUUGCGCCCUCUCUUUCGAAGCCGAUGCGAUAGAAGCCCUUUUUGAUGAACAUUGGGACUGUAACGUGUACAGCAAAGCUCCCGGCGACCCCAAUUCCUACUCGACAGGACGCAUCGGCCAUCAUAAUGUCGUGCUCGCCUACAUGCCCGAAGCAGGAAAGGCCAGCGGAGCCGCAGUCGCGACCAAUUGUCGCGUGAGCUUCCCCCAUGUCAAAUUGGCCAUCGUCGUCGGGAUCUGUGGAGUAAUCCCUUUCACUCCUGGUCCUCGAGAUGCACACCAUGAGAUUAUACUGGGCGAUGUUAUCGUCAGCCAGAGCGUUGUCCAGCAUGACUUGGGGCGGCAAUAUCCUGACAGCUUCGAGUACAAAGACGCCAAUGAAGAGGCUCUUGGGAGACCUAACAUUGAGAUUCGCUCCCUGCUAUCGAAACUGAAGACCCUUCGAGCACGAAGAGCAUUCGAAUCCGACAUGAGAGGUUUCCUCGCACUCUUGCAGGAAGAUCUAGAACUGGCAGCACAUUACCCUGGAACCGGGACAGAUCGCCUAUACGAGGCUACAUACCGACAUAUCGACAAAGACAUGCCGUGCGAUAAGUGCGGCUGUAAUGGAAAGCUUGUGCCGCGGGAGCGGCUGAGACAAGAAGUGCCAGAGCCUAAAGUACAUUUCGGAAGAAUUGCCUCAGGCGACACGGUCAUGAAAUCUGGAGAGGAUCGCGAUGAUAUCGCAAGAAAACUUGGCGUCAUUGCGUUCGAGAUGGAGAGUGCUGGCGUUUGGGACAGCCUACCAUGCUUAGUUGUUAAGGGUGCUUGCGACUAUGCCGAUAGCCAUAAAGCCAAAGCUACCCAGAACUACGCUGCAGCGACUGCCGCUGCUUGCACCAAAGCUGUAUUGAGCCAUUGGGUGGUUCCUACUGGUCAUGAUUCAACUAGAGAGGGGAUCUUGCCUCAGUUCUUGGUUCCUUUCUUGCCAAAUGAAGACUUUGUUGGCCGACAAGACAUCCUUGACGACUUGCGUCAACAACUAAGUCCUGAGAAGUCCUACGCUGUCGCGGCCCUCUUUGGCUUAGGAUGGGUUGGAAAAACACAAAUUGCUCUGGCCUACGUACACCAACUACACGCUCAGAGUCCAGACCAUUCCGUCUUUUGGGUCUACGCGAGCAACGAAGAGCGCCUGCGGCAGUCAUAUACCACAAUUAUGCAGCAGCUCAACGUUCCUGGCGACCGAGAUAACUCAGAUGUGCUCAAGCUGAUGAAACAAUGGUUAGAAGCCGAGCAUCACAAACCGUGGCUUAUGGUCAUCGACAACGUCGACGAUCUCGACCUUUUCUAUGCGACUGGUGGCCUCAGCCAAUAUCUUCCAGUGUGCGCUCAAGGCAAGUUGCUUAUCACCACGAGAAACCGGCAAGUAGCUAUACGAGCUACCAAAGGUCGGGGCUUUAUUGAAGUAUCGCACAUGACCGCGAAUGAAGCACGGGAACUUCUUUGUGCGCACCUUGGAUGCGUGAAACCCGAUGUUGCUGAUCUGUCGGCAUUGGCUUUGAAACUCGAGUAUCUUCCUCUGAUACUCGUGCACGCCGCCGCAUUCAUUCAAGAGAAUUGUAUUCCGGUCAAAGAGUAUUUGAACCUACUGGAUAAUGACGAAAAUCUGGUAGAAUUGCUUAACGAAGACUUUGAGACAAGCGGAAGGCAUCCGGACUCAAUGCGAGCUGUUGCCAAAACCUGGGCCAUCUCGUUCCAUCAGAUUCAACGUCAGAAUAAACUAGCGAGCGAUUUGCUGGCCUUGAUAUCAGUGUUCAGCCAUCAGCGUAUCCCAGCAAGCGUCUUACUUGCCUAUUCAUCGUCUAUUGAAAACCGAGAAAGGCCUCUGGAGCAUCUCAAAGCCAUGGGGCUUUUGAAAGCUUUCUCUCUUAUGGCUAAUUCAGGAAGGCGAAGUGGAAAACUUCUUGCGUAA